CUGAUAAUGAUUUGGCAACAACACAUGUAAACAGAACGUAAACAUGUUUUUAUAUUGAAUGCAAGAUUUAAUAGUGAUCGGAGCAAUUUCAGGAAAAGACAAUGAUUGUUUAAAACAUCUGAAGGCUGAAAACUGAGGUCUAUUUUAAAGUGGCAGUAUGAGUUCAAAGGGGGGUGGUACAGCCCUGACCCGACGGAAUUAUCGCCUGGCAUCAGACGCAGACAAACCCAAAUCUGCAGGGAUUGUGAAUGAGAAGUUGUUGAGCGACUACCUGCACCGGGUCUUUCCUGCCUCCAGUAAACAGGCUCCAGCAUCAGCAACCUACAGAAAACCCUUGACGUUCCAGGACCUCAGCGCUCACCUGGAGAAGCUGCUGUGCGAGGACGAGCCUGCUGAGGACAGUCCAGAUCACACAGAAGGGCGACUCGGACCUUCUACCGUUGUCCUUGACCACACCAGUGGUUUCGAAGGCCUUUUAUUUGUAGAUGAUGAUCUUUUAGGAGUCAUUGGUCAUAGCAACUUCAGUUCCAUAAGGGCUACAACCUGUGUAUUCAAAGGGAAAUGGAUGUACGAGGUCCUGAUCUCAUCGCAAGGUUUGAUGCAGAUAGGAUGGUGCACACUGAACUGCAGAUUCAACCAGGAGGAGGGAGUUGGAGAUACUCCGGACUCGUAUGCGUACGAUGGUAAUCGAGUCAGAAAAUGGAACGUGACAACCACCAAUUACGGCAAAUCGUGGGCUGCAGGGGACAUCGUUAGCUGCAUGAUAGACCUCGAUGAAGGAACAAUUACUUUUUGUCUGAACGGACAGUCCCUCGGUACAGCAUUCAGUAACAUCAAGAUGGGUCCAGGGAUCGCCUACUUCCCCGCAAUAAGUCUUUCUUUUAAAGAGUCUGUGGCCUUUAACUUCGGCAGCCGCCCACUCAGAUAUCCUGUGGAAGGCUAUCAUCCGCUUCAGGACCCUCCAACUGCUGAUCUCAUCAAAGCCAAGAGGCUGCUGGUGUACAUUAAGAAUGUGAUGUCCACUGGCAUCGACACACAGGAUGAGAAGAUCAUCGACAGGGAUAUUUCAACCUGGCAGCUUCAAGGAGAGCCCACCGUCCUGGUCACACUGGCACAUAUCUUCAAUUAUUUCGCUCCUCUCCUGUGUAAAGUGUACCUGGUAGAAGAUGUCCUGAUGAGUUUCCUGCUUGGUAUCCUGGAGGGCGGCGGCUCCGUGGAUGAACAUCCUUUAAUCCAGCAGCUGCUCGAUAUCUUCUGGCUCCUCAUGGAGGACUUUGAGGUGAACGAGUGCCUGAAGCAGCUGAUGAUGUCAUUGCUCAGGGCGUACCGAUUCUCACCCAUCAUCCCUGACCUCUGCUUCCAGAUUCACUAUCUGCGCUUGACAUCUGCUAUUUUACGCCAUGAAAAGUCUAGAAAGUACCUCCUGAACAACGUUUUAUUUGACGUACUGCGCUCUGUGGUGUUCUUCUACAUCAAGACUCCUCUGAGGGUGAAGGAGGCCGGCUUGGAGGAGCUCAUUCCCACCACAUGGUGGCCAACACACUUCGACAAAGAGGGUAAGGACGAGACGGACCCGAGACACGAGAGCGCAGACGAGAGACUCAGGCGGCGAGCGUACGAGCGAGGCUGUCAGAGGCUCAAAAAGAGGAUUGAGGUGGUAGAGGUGCUACAGGUUCAGAUUCUGAGGCUGAUGCUGAAUAACAAGGACAAAGGGACGGGCGAAGCCUCGAGAUACAUUUUCCUCAACAAAUUCCGCAAGUUCCUGCAGGAGAACGCAAGCAACCGAGGGAACCCUACAGUUUUGUGCCCUCCGGAGUAUAUGGUGUGCUUCAUGCAUCGGCUCAUAACGGCAGUCAGGAGCUACUGGGAUGAAGGAAAGCACAAGAGGCCAGGAGCCAUUAGUAGUGAAGACGCCUACGUACCCCCGCAGCUCUUCUACAAUGGGAAGGUGGACUACUUCGACCUGCAGAGGCUCGGAGGGCUGCUCUCUCAUCUCAAGAAAACGCUAAAAGAUGACCUGGCGGCUAAAGCCAACAUCAUUAUCGACCCCUCUGAGAUCCAGGCCGUGUCUAUGGACGAUCUGGACGAGGAUGAUGAAAGCGGAGCUGCUCAGAGACCAUCUGGUGCAGCAGCGAUGGGUGGAGCUUUGGCCAGGCCGAGCUGGCUGAGUUCUCCUACUCUGGGCCGAGCCAAUCGUUUCCUCAGUACGGCCGCAGUCAGCCUCAUGACCCCACGGCGAACUUUGGCCCCGCCCGAAAAGGUGAAAGUGCGCACUCUGCCUGUGGAACAGAGGACAGAGGAGGACAUCGAGGGAAGCCAUGGUAACGAUGGGCUGUUGCUGGGGCGACCGUUGGAAGAGCCUGAGCAGCCAAUCACAGAAAAGUCCUUGCUGGAGAUCCUGGAUGGGAUUGUGAUGAUGUACAACCUAAGUGUUCAUCAGCAGCUGGGCAAGAUGGUGGUUGUAUCGGAUGAUGUCCACGAGUACGCCGUUGCGCUGAAAGACACGGAAGAGAAGAUAGCACGAUGUCCAGCUAGAAGAGCAGACAUUCUGGAAGAGCUUCAAAAGAGCCAGAAGGUGUUUGCUGAGAAGCUCAACCACCUGAGCCGCAGGUUGGCCUGGAUCAACGCCACCAUUUACUCCAAGGAGAAGAUGCUGGAUGUCUACUGGCUUUUGCGUGUGUGCAUCCGCACCAUCGAGCAUGCCGACAACACGGGCUCUUUGUUUGCUUUCACCCCUGAGUUUUACCUCAACGUGGCCAUGAAUAGCUACAGUGCCCUUAAGAACUACUUCAGCCCUUUCAACAGCAUGGAGGAGCUCCCAGGGUAUGAGGACACACUCACCCAGCUUGCCGCCAUCCUUGCGAAGCACUUUGCAGACCUGCGCAUCGUGGGCACAGAUAUUAAAGAUUCACUGAUGCAGGCUCUGGCCAGCUACGUGUGCUACCCACAUUCACUCAGAGCUGUGGAGAGAAUCCCUGAGGAGCAGCGGGUGGCUAUGAUGAGAAACCUCUUGGCGCCGUAUGAACAGCGUCCGUGGGCUCAGACUAACUGGAUCCUUGUCCGAUUGUGGAGGGGUUGUGGGUUUGGCUACAGGUACACACGGCUGCCUCACCUGCUCAAAACCAAACCUGAGGAUGCCAACCUACCCAGCCUGCAAAAGCCUUGUCCGUCACUCCUGCUCCAAAGACAUAUGGCAGAACUCCUGAAUCAGGAUAAAGAAAUGGCUGCUAGCUUCCUCAACAGUGUCCUCAACCAACUCAACUGGGCCUUCUCGGAGUUCAUUGGCAUGAUCCAAGAGAUCCAGCAGGCAGCAGAGCGCCCGGAACGUAACUUUGUGGACACUAGGCAGCUGAAAGUGUGUGCCACGUGCUUUGACCUGUCUGUCAGUCUGCUACGUGUGCUGGAAAUGACCGUCACCCUGGUACCCGAGAUCUUCUUGGAUUGGAGCCGACCCUCAGCCGAGCUUCUACUCCGUCGCUUAGCUCAGCUCCUGAACCAGGUGCUGAAUAGAGUGACGGCUGAAAGAAACCUCUUCGACCGCGUAGUCAACCUUCGCCUGCCAGGGCUGGAGAGUGUGGAUCAUUACCCCAUACUGGUUGCAGUUACAGGAAUCCUAGUGCGAGUCCUGGUCGACUCUGAGAGAAAAGGGAUCGCUCAGGCAGCUUCGGUGCUGCUGUCAGACCCGUGUUUCCAGCUUCACUCCAUCCAGCACCUGCUGGGACGUGGAGAAGCCAGUGCUGGAGCAGAUCCCAAAAACUUCUCACUGCACUCUUAUACAGACUACAUCACUGCAGAAGAAGCGCAAAAGGUGGAAAAGAUGCUGGCUUUCCUGACUGAGGAGUCUAAGCAGGCUGCAGCCUCAACAGCGCCCACCAGUGAAGACGACCUGUGUCCCAUCUGCUAUGCACACUCCAUAUCAGCCAUCUUCAAGCCCUGCUCCCAUAAAUCCUGCAAAGCCUGCAUCAAUCAACAUUUGAUGAAUAAUAAGGACUGUUUCUUCUGCAAGGCCACAAUCACGGGAGUGGAAGAUUACAGCAAACCUGCUGGCUCUUAGCAUGCCUAUUGCACACACCUAAAAACACACACACACACACACACACACACACACACACACACACACACACACACACACACACACACACACAAACACAAACACAAACACACACACACACACGCACACUUAUUGAAACACUCACUGAAAAUCUGCAUCCCUUACCUCUUCAAAGACUGUUCAUUAACACACAUAAGAAUGUACAUGGCAGAGAACUUUAAAGAACAGUAACACAUUCAGCACAUCAUUUAUUAACACUGGACUGUGACUUUAAGACACAGAACACACACCAUGACACUGUUUCAGCUCGUGCCAGCUGGUAGAGGUCUGGCUCUAAGUCAUAAAACAUGGCCGGCUGACAGAGGGACGAACUGUGAGAGACAUUUUGUAAUCUCUUUCAUCCAUCUUCCCUCUGGUCACCAUUGGCAACCACAUUAUAUCUGUAUCCAUAGGCCAUAGAUAUUGAUCAGGACCAAUGCAGGUGCUCGCCAGUGUCCCUCCCAAGAUCCCUCUCUGAUCUUGAUGACAUUUUUAUAUUCUAAAACUGACAGCCAUAUUUGAAGUGGCAUUCAUUUCUGAGACAUAUCUAGAGAGAGGUGACUUCACAAUUGGUCAAUCGAUCGCUUGAUUAACAGUUCAUAACAGCUUUAUUAACAUUUUAUACAGCAUUAAAGGAAUACUCAGAUGGUUUUUUAUCCAUUAUUCAAUUUCUGUUCACUCCAUCUGUAGAAUAUGUGUGAUAUAACGGACAAAAAUUUCUAAACAUUUUCAGGUACUGAGGAAAGAAAGUGAACAGGAUAUGUAAUACUCAUUAAAGGGGCAGUUGUUGAAUUUCACCAUUCAAGUGGUUUAAAUAUGUAAGUGUAUAAAAAAUGAAUUCAAAAAUAAUUUUUAAACGAUCAUAAAGAUCUUAGUAGAUGAAGUUAUAUAUGUGACAUAAAUGAAAAAUUCAUAUUAAACCAGUCUUAUGUAUUUUAAAAUCUAAAA